GAUGUUGCGGGCCGGCGGAGUUUGAAUGUUGGCCACGGACACGCGGGGGAAAGCGCUGUUUGCUGUAUUCGAGACGGAACAUGUCUUUUUCAUGGCUGACUUGUUCACUUCUUCUGGGAACUUUGUGCGCAGGGUACAGUCUGGGCGAAGCGGAGACCCGGGAGUGUGUGUACUACAAUGACAGCUGGCGCACGGAGAGGACCAACCAGAGCGGCUUCGAGCGCUGCGAGGGGGACAAGGACAAGCGACUGCACUGUUACGCCUCCUGGCUCAACUCCUCAGGGACCAUCAAGUUGGUGAAGAAAGGCUGCUGGCUGGAUGACUUCAACUGCUAUGACAGGCAAGAGUGUGUUUCCAUGGACGAAAACCCUCAGGUGUUCUUCUGCUGCUGCGAGGGCAACUACUGCAAUGAGCGAUUCACCCACCUUCCUGACAUGAUUGGCAGUGGCAACCGAGUGAAAAUCCGGCCUCCACCUCGGGUGCCGUCCCUGCUCAACGUGCUGGUGUACUCCCUGCUGCCUCUGUGUGUGCUGUCCCUGGCCCUCGUCCUGGCCUUGUGGAUGUACCGCCACCGCAAACCUCCCUACGGCCACGUAGACCUUAGCGAGGAUCCAGGACCCUCUCCUCCAUCACCAAUGGUGGGUCUCAAACCUCUGCAGCUGCUGGAAAUCAAAGCCAGGGGGCGCUUUGGUUGUGUUUGGAAGGCCCAGCUGAUGAGCGAGUAUGUUGCUGUAAAGGUCUUCCCUAUUCAGGACAAGCAGUCGUGGCACAACGAGCGUGACAUUUUCUUGACUCCGGGGAUGCGACAUGAAAACCUCCUGCGUUUCAUCGCUUCAGAAAAACAUGGAAGCAACCUGGAGACGGAGCUGUGGCUUAUCACAGAGUUUCAUGAGAGGGGCUCACUGACGGACCACCUGAAGGGCAACAUGGUGUCCUGGGGUGAUCUGUGUCACAUAGCGGAGAGCAUGUCCCGCGGCUUGGCCUACCUCCAUGAGGACAUUCCCAGCUACAAGGGCGAGGGGCCAAAACCCACUAUUGCACACAGGGACUUCAAGAGCAAGAAUGUGAUGCUUAGCGAUGAUUUAACUGCGAUCAUCGGAGAUUUUGGGCUCGCUGUGCGAUUUGAACCAGGAAAACCUCCAGGAGACACUCAUGGCCAGGUGGGUACGAGGCGUUACAUGGCCCCAGAGGUGCUGGAGGGAGCCAUCAACUUCCAGCGAGACUCCUUCUUGAGGAUAGACAUGUACGCCAUGGGCUUGGUGCUUUGGGAGCUGGUGGCCCGCUGCUCGGUAUCUGAUGGUAAUACUGGCGAGUACAUGCUGCCGUUCGAGGAUGAAAUUGGCCAGCAUCCCACCCUGGAGGAUCUGCAGGAUGUGGUCGUGCACAAGAAGAUGCGUCCAGCCAUCAAGGAGUGCUGGCUCAAACAUCCUGGUUUGAACCAGAUGUGCGAGACCAUCGAGGAAUGCUGGGACCACGACGCAGAGGCGCGAUUAUCGGCCGGCUGCGUCGAGGAGCGCAUCGGCCAAAUCUCCAGGAUGAUCAGCAGCUCUACCUCAGACAGCCCCGUCUGCAUCGUGACGUCUCUCACCAACGAGGACCUACCUCCCAAAGAGUCCAGCACCUGAACGGGGGACACCAUCCUUCACCUGAGCUCCUGACUUUUUAAUUUUUUCGAACCCAAACUCAGCGGAUCUCCGUGAAUAUUUAAAAACAUGAAAAAAACAAAACAACAACUAGCCACUUGAAUGCAGCUGCUAUUUUACCCCGAUACUGGUAUUUUUUUCGUUUUUUUAAUGUUUUUCCAGUGUUUUAAAGUCAGAUCUUACUAACACAUCCAUCUGCUGUAGUUUUGAAGUAGUAAUAAGCUAUGCGAUGGGCACAUCUGAUAACACCCAUGUGUCAAAUCUUUUAAUGUUUUCAUUACCUCAUGUAUUUCUUUUGUGUUAGUCGUUUUAUUUUUUUUAUUACCUCAUCAGUUAUCGUUUUUUCCUGUCUUGGUCAUGACCGUCUGUGGCCAAAUGAAAUGAAUCUUUGCUCCAGACCUUGGACAACGUGCUGCACACCUCGGAGGAACCGUUUUGAGACUGUUAGACGAAAUAUAUUCAUCUUCCUCAGGGGUCGAAGCUUCUCGAUUUUUAAGCUCGAGUGUGCUCCCUUAUUUUAAACCGGCGAACGCCUCAAAAAGAAAUAAGAAAAAGAUCAAAAAGAAAACGGAGCACAGCUGUGUUAUCGCAUGGGAAGGAGCUAAAAAGGAAGUUGAACAGUUGUAUUGGACGUUUUUGAACUUUUUUGAAGAUUUGGGACAACCGCCUUGUCCCCGGGGAACUACCUCUCAGGUAUCCAGUAGGUUUCUUUGGAACAUUUUCUCUAAUUUUGAGAGCCAAGCUAUCCAGCUCGCUAUCAUGGACAUAUUCCUGGAUUCUUUUUAUUCUGUUUCUUUUUCUUUUUUUUUUUAAUUGUAGAAAUUCAGAGUUACUCCUUUGCCAGUGCCAGGGGCAUUGAUGGAUGCUGUCUGGAGUUGCAAUGUUACACAUUUUUGAUUUUAAAGUGUGUGUGUGUGUGUGUGUGUGUGUGUGUGUGUGUGUGUGUGUGUGUGUGUGUGUGUGUGUGUGUGUGUGUGUGUGUGUGUGUGUGUGUGUGUGUGUGUGUGUGUGUGUGUGUGUGUGUGUGUGUGUGUGUGUGAGCGUGAGCGAAUGCAAGAGAAGGUGAAGACAAAAAUGAAAUGAGAUUGUUUUAGAGUGUUUUAACGUAAGAAUCAGUUGGGUUUUAUCCUUGCGAGGGCCAUACUUGAGUAAGCAACAUGUCUGUUUUUUAAUUUUCAUGGGUGUUUGUUCAAUAGACUCAGUUCGGACACCAGUCCCCCAGAUACCUCAGUCACUGUACGUCAUGCAAGGAGAGCUCAGAUGGUUGCCUUUGUCUCAAAUGCAAUGCCAUAGUUGUACCAUAACAUGAAUACCAUACAUUGAAUGUCCGUUAUGCUGCUGUGACUAUUCCAGGAUACUCAAGGAUAUGUAGAUGUACAUGUAUUCUUUGUUAAUAUAACGCUAACAUGUGAUAACUAUCCAUGAUAUUAUGUGAGGCUAAUAUUCUGUUUUUGUGUUGUUUUUUUUUCGACUGGGUAAGCCCUCAGCUGCUUACUCCUCCAGACUGACCUCAGAUAUUCUGACAAGUACCUCAGGCUUUUUCUACAUGUAUAUCAAGUUGUGUUAUGUAUUUUAUUGUGUUUUAGUAGUUGAGAUAUUUUAUUGCCGGCUUGGCCUCUUUGUCUGUGGAGAUUUGUUUUUAAAAAUAGAGCCUGACCAGUUGGCACAGUGUUAAUGCUGUACAAACCCUAAAAGAAGAGAGGCCGAUUCUUGUAAAUAGACGUGCACACACACAGAUGCGGAACACUGAUCUGUUUUUAUUAGAAAAAGAAAUACAAAAUCAGGGCAUUACAGUUCUCAGAAGUAGAAAGGGAUUUCUCAUUUCCACCCCUACACAUUUAAAAGUCAUUUGGACACCUAAAUUAGCCCUGUGAUGUUUUUAUCCUUUCUUUCAGGAAUUGCGGUUGUGUUACAGAUUUUUAUGAAUAACGGUAUCAGUUCCUCUGAAUCAGAAGCUGUGUGGGUAGCACUUGCAUCACAAAGUUUAGUUAAUAUCCUUAAAAGAAAAGAAAAAAAGGCAACAAGGAAAUCGUAAUGUUCGGGGCGGGCGGCUUCCGCGAUUGGCCGCCUGUUUUUAAAAUGCCAGUAUGAACAGUAUUACCUCAAUAUUAACCUGCUGAUGUGAUGUUCAGACCUGUUCAGUGUUCAGCGAUGUUGGACAACACACAGGCUCAUCUGUUGUGCUUUGAUUAGUGCUGUGCAAACAUGGUGAUUUAUUUUAGAUUUUUUAUUUUUUUGACAGUGGUCUGUAACGCUUGCUCUUGUGCAGUUUUGGUAACGAACAUGCGGAACAAAAAAAACAUACAUCAAAUAAGACGGAACAAUGUUUUUUAGUGUUUGGAAAUUAUCAAAGUGUCUCUAACCACUUGGUGGAUUGGUUUUUUGAUGACGCAGCCCCGUUAGGAGUGACGUGAACUGUGGCAUAUGCCUGGUCCAAGGGUCCAGCAAUAUUUAUUAUACAGCAAUAGUCAUUUGAACAUCCUAGUUCAAAGUCAUUCAACUCACCUGUGACUUAGCGGUUUCCUCCUGCCGACCGGUGGAGUACAUCUCAUCACACCUGGAUCAUGUUCCGACGAGGACACGUGUCACAGUCGGUGUGGGGGGGGGUGAAUUUGUGUUGGCGUGUGUGAGCUGAACGUGACCCAGGUGCUUCUUACGUAUUGUGCCAGAAAAACACAGCAAAUGACGUGGGAAAGUCUGCUGUGAUCGGUGGUAACUUCCAAAUGCUGUCUUACACCCGGCUCCUCUAAACAGAAAUACCAGUUACCUCAUGCAGUACCUCAUUAGUAACACUAACACGGAGUCAGUCUCAUCUUCGAAAAGGAAAAAAAACAAGAAAAACAUCAGUUAUCGUGUAUAUAUUUACUUGACAAAUGUAAAGGGUUUCUUCCUUUUCAUGUGUGAAUCCUGUGAAAGCAAAGCCUUUUUUCUUUUUUUUUUGAUUUUUACAGUCAACAUAUUGUUCAUUUCUUCUGGUGUGAAUGGAUGUUGGACUGAACUGUGUGACCUUCCCUGUUUAUGUGAACUGUGCGUGUGUGAGAGAGCGUGUGUGCGGGUAUGUUGGUCGGUUUCACUAAAACAGUACGAAUGGAAACUAUCUGUGAGUUGAAAUGCUUAGAAAUAUAAACUAGAUGAGAAUACAUCCAUCUUUUUGUAUAUUUAAAUAAAGAUACACUGAUUAACCAUAA